CAUCGCUUCCCUAUCCGUCUCCAACGCGACCAGGUAACGGAGACGACGACGAAACCACUCCAUCUCCAGCCUCCACCCAGAUCCAUUCCGAUCCGAGAUCCCGAUGGCGUCCGGCGGGUGCUGCACGUUCCUCGAGAUCUUGCUCGCGGUCAUCCUCCCCCCGCUCGGCGUCUUCCUCCGCUUCGGAUGCUGCAGCAUGGAGUUCUGCAUCUGCUUGCUGCUCACCAUCCUUGGCUAUGUUCCUGGGAUCAUCUACGCGAUCUAUGUCCUUGUUGCUCUCGACUCGGACCGUCACGAGAGGGAAUAUUAUACCCUUGCUUAGCCCUGUUUAGUUCUGCCAUACCUCAUUAAACCUUGCAGUUCACAGUGCGCAGCUGUGUCGAAUUUCUAUAUUUAUGUGGAUUAUCUGACAUGACACAAUAAUGUGGAACCAAGUGUCUGGUCUGGUGCUACAACUUCUCUUACCCUCUUAUGGUCUCGUGACUCCUCAUUUCAAUCUGUAAAACACUUGAGUUAUGGUCCAUUUUCUCCAUUCUGUAAUUGUGAUACAAGAGAAUAAAUUGUUGUACUCCUGUUCUGAGAUUGAUUAUGAUUUAUGAUUGGUGUUCA